AUGCAUUAAUAAUUUAUGUCUGCAAUUGAUGCUACUGUGUUUUUUUAACAGACGUAAAUCAUCUAGUCAUAUAUUUAAGAGUUCUAUUUAAUCAAGAAGGUGAAAAUGAAAAAGCACUUCUUCAAGACUACAACAUGGCCAUCCAAUUAAAUCCAAAUUAUGCUGAUUUGUAUACAGAGGUAAAUCAUCUAGUCAUAUAAUUAGGAGUUCUAUUUGGUCAAAAAGGAGAAAUGAAAAAGCACUCCAAGACUACUAAAAGGCUCUCUUAUUAACACCAGAUCAUCCACUUUAUCUUACAAACUUAGAAGUCUCUAUUUUAAAUAAAAAUAUUUUGUUUGAGCAAAUAUUUAUUUUACAAAAGCAAAGCAAUCAUUAAAUUCGAUUAAACAACAAUAGAUAUCGAAAUGAAAUUUAUCUAAUUCAAAUCUUGCAUAUAUUAAUAAAGAGCUUAAUCUACUUAGAGAAAUUAAAAAUUAGAUUUAAACAACAGAUAUUUAAAUUAAUUAUUAUCUAAACAAUUAUAAAGAUAGAAGUCUAUUUAAUUAGAGGAAUAAGCCUAUAAACUAGUAAAUGAAUUGACAUUACAAAUAAAGCCUUUAGAUAUUUAAUUAAAUAUAAAUCAAUAAACAAUUUGCUUUUAGAUUUUGGAACCAUUUGAGCAAAGGUUUAAUAAUUUUUUAAACCAAAUAACUACCCUUGCAAUAUAUGUUAAUUCACUUUUAGAAUAAGAUAAUUGUAAGGUUUCUGAAUCUUUAAAACAAAUAAAUAAAAAAGAAAAUAAGAAUUAAUUGAUGUAUAAUUAUGCUUUAGCUUGGAGAUUGUAUAAUUAUUUAUCUGCAAUGUAAUAAAUUUCUACUAAUCUAUUUUAAAUUAAUAAAAAUGCAAUAAUCAAAAGCAAAUCUGAAUAAACUUGA